AUGUCGUUCGCCGCUCGCUUCGUCGCCCGCGCCCCUCUUGCGCUCCGUGCCGCCGCCCCGGCCCCGGCCGCCGCCCGCCUUCCGGCUGCCCGUCUCUUCACCAGCUCGGCGCUCCGAUUCGCCGCUGGCCCUCCCGUCAUCCAGGGCGAUGGCUCCAAGCCUGGCGAGAUCCCCUCGGACGAGCAGCAGGCCACCGGUCUCGAGCGCUUCGAGCUCCUCGGAAAGCUCCAGGGCGAGGACGUCUUCGACAUGAGCCCCCUCGAGAUGACUCACCUCGGCACCACCGAGAACCCCAUCAUGAUCAAGAGCUACUGGCCCACCCGUAUCGUUGGAUGCACCGGAUACCCCGCCGACUCGCACGACAACAUCUACCUUCACCUCAACCGCGACCUCAAGUUCCACAGGUGCCCCGAGUGCGGUAGCGUGUACGAGAUGGACUUUGUCGGCGACGAGCACGCCGGCGAGCACCACUAA